AUGGACUCCUCAGACUGGUUGCAGGGCCCGAUUUCCGACGAAAACUCCGGCCUCAUCAUGGACUCUCCCCCCGCCGUCAUCACCACGACUCCUCCCGGAGGCGGCGGGCUCCACGUCGACCACCACCCCUUUUCUGAGCGCCAGCGCCUCCGGCCGCAACACGAGCACGCCCUCAAGUGCCCGAGGUGCGAGUCGACUCACACCAAGUUCUGCUACUACAACAACUACAGUCUCUCUCAGCCGCGCUACUUCUGCAAGACGUGCCGCCGCUAUUGGACCAAAGGCGGCACCCUCCGCAACAUCCCGGUCGGCGGUGGCUGCCGUAAAAACAAGAAAGUUACCACCAAGAAAAACAACCACAACCCAUCCACGUCAUCAUCAUCCGCACCGCCGCUUGUCGCCACCCUGGACCCCAAGAACAACAACAACAACACCGAGCUCCAGCUGGCGUUCCCCGACGGCCAAAUGGCGGUGGGCCCGGGACUGUUCAAUCCCGUGAGCCCGGGAUUGCUUUUCGGGCCCGCGGACCAGAUCGGGUACAUGGGGAUUAGCAACAAGUUAUACGAAGGGUUUAUGAGCGGCAUGCAGCAAAACCCUGGUGGAGAAGGGGGUUUCGACGGGCUCGGGAUUCAUAAUCACGCGUUUGGCAUGAUGGAUAAUAAUGUUCUUCUGCCUUAUGAUGAGAGUAGCUAUCCAAGUUACAAUAACAUGAUUAGUCAUCAUCAUGUGGACCAUCACAUCGACGUGAAGCCGAACGCUAGGGUUUUGUCGCUCGAGUGGCAAGAUUGUAAUUCGGAUGCCGGGAUUAAGGACGCAUUUGGGUAUAGUAUUGGAGGGAUCGGGUCGUGGUCCGGGCUGAUGAACGGGUACGGGCCAUCCACGACGAAUCCGUUGGUUUGA